AUGAAAAAGGGCCCCCUGUUCCUUCUGGCAUACCUCUACUUCAUUUGCGCAAGUAACAAAUGCAACGGGUUGAAAAUAAACAGGGCGGCGAUCACUCCAAACGUGUUGUUCAGCAUAGAGGCAAAAGGCGAAAGAAAGGCUAAAGCUAAGGCCAAGGCUAACCCUAACGCGAACAGCGGGGGGGGCAAAAACAACCCAACCAGUGAUAACCAUAAGAAGAAAGUCAGCGAACAGGUAGGAAACAAAUUUCUCCACCUGGAACAAAACAAACGUGUAUCCAUCAACCCUUUGUUCAAUUCCCUAUGUAAAAAUGUUAGCGUCAGUGAAGCUUGCCUGUACAAUGUGCAAGAAUUUUUUAACGAGGCAAAUUACAACAAUGGGAGGACUGGAAACCUGGAGGACAAGAAACUCUUCUGCGGUGUCCUAUACGGGACGUAUGAGGAUGACUCUAUGGUAAAAAUCGAAAAUGUAUUUUUUGCUUUAAACCGCCGAAAACAAAUGUAUGACGUGGAUUACCUGCUCAAUAGCGAAGACAGGAGGAAGGCUGACGCGCUGGCAAAGAGGCUCAACUGGGAAGUGGUGGGGGUUCUUUAUGCCUACCCCGACAUCGGGGUAGACUUAAGUGUGUCCAACAAGAAAAGAAAAAAUUUCGUGAAACUUAACAAGAAAAUAAAAACGUUGAAUGAUGAGGAAAACGAGCUGUUCAUCCCCAUUGGGGGGAGGGAGGUUCUCCUCGCGCUCACAGUGAUGAAGCACCGCGAUGACCGGACUCGGGAGAGUCUGCCAGGCGAGGCCAAGGAGAUGGCGCAGAUCAACAAUGGAGCGACCCACAAUGGAGCGACCCACAAUGGAGCCACCUUCAAUGGAGUACCCACCAAUGGAGCAGCCCCAGUGGAAGCGCAAAAACAGCGGCCAAAAACAUCGCAAAAUGACACACCCAGGAAAAAAAAAAAAAAAAAAAAAAAAAUUCCCGAAAAAAAAAAAAAGAAAACAAAAACUGUCGGCAUGGACAAAAGCUCCAAGUCGAUAGUCGUCGAGGCGUACGAAAUAAAUUACGACUUGCUGAAGCUUCUAAAUAAGGACAUGAUCAAAGACAUGCAAAAGCAAAACAGCAUACUGCAUUUCGAAGCAAACAAAAAUGAAAAGGACCAAAAGAUAAAAAACUUCAACACCGAAGUUGACCUAAUGAAUGAGUUAUAUUUGAAAUGUAAAAGUGACGUCCUCAUUGAGAAAAUCGAAGUGAAGCAAAUUGAUGUCCUCUUCUGUGUUAACAACGUCCCCAUUCUUUCCCAUAAGAGCCUCUACAAUACUUUCUUCCCUUACCCAAACAAUAGCAACUACUACACCAUUCUCCAAAGGUUUAACUACAUGUCCAGAUCGUUACAUAAUCAAAAGGACAUGGUCAAUAUAUUUCGCGACUUUAACUUUCUCCUUUUCCUCACGAAUAUUUUCUCAUUCGAGCGUGACAUCCCUCCUAUUUGUAAAGCCGUCAACGAUUUGAAUAACUCGGUUGCCAUUCCUGACCAAUACGUAAGCAUUUUGAGGAGCCUCUCCCAAAGUGCGAAUGCGCCUCAGUGA